GACGCCUUAGGAAUAUUCAUUUGAGUGAAUUUAAUGCAUUUUUUUUUCUGUGUAUUUACAGAUGGGGCGUGAGUGGGUUUGGUUGGAUUCUGAACAAGACUAUCCCAAUGACUCUGAGUUGAGCAACAACUGCAGGUCCCUCUUCAGCUCGUGGGACUCCAGUCUGGAUCUUGAUGUGGGCAGCUGGAGGGAAACUGAGGAGCCAGGGACUGAGGAAUUAGUGGAAAGCAGCCCAGGGACAGAAUCUAGUGAGCUGCUUAUGGGGGACGGAGGCAGUGAGGAAUCUCAGGAAGAGACACAGCAAAUCAGCCACCAGAACCUCCUCCACUUUCUCUCUGAGGUAGCUUAUUUAAUGGAGCCAUUGUGCAUUAGCAGCAAAGAAUCAAGUGAAGGUUGCUGCCCUUCACCUGAUACCAGGCAAGAGGAAAGGGAAAUUGAAGCUACUGAAGGAGAUGAGGAACCCUGCAGAGAGCCUGAAGAGCUUUCAGCUAAGGUAGAACCAUUGGUAGCUGAGGAGUCACUGGGAGAAAAUGGAAGGCCAGAGAUGGCUCCAGCUCCCUCAGAUAUUUGUGCAGUUUGGGAACUACCAACAGAGAACGAAGAGGGAGAGGUUCAGCAAGAAUCCAAAGAGGACCAGGGCGAAGGGUAUGUGUCAGAGAUGGAAGACCGGCCCUCCUCAGGUCUGAUCUAAGUCAGAGUGAUCCUGUUCAGGAUCACUUACUAUUUAAGAAGACUCUCCUGCCAGUAUGGAAGAUGAUUGCCAGUCA